UGUGAAUUAUCAAAGAUGGCGGCAUCCAUGCUAUGCAGCAGGACGGCAAUGUUAUGUAGGACUUUAAAGCUAAUUUCAUGUUCAAAAACGGUACUUUCCGAGGGCUCUCGGAGCGUGCUCCUAAUGCAGACUAAGUCCUAUAACCCCAAACCCCUAAGGCUGAACCUCCGCGAUCAGUACAUCCCUGACAAGGACAGCGAGAAGACACCCGAGUGGCAGAAGACGGUCCGGUAUGACCGGAAGCUGUUCGGUCGGUACGGUUCUGCGUCGGGUAUCGACCGUGCCUCGCUGUGGCCCAGUCACGAGCAGCUGGAAAAGAUGAUCGUGGAGGAAAACGAGUGGCACCCUCCAUUGGCGGUCAUGCUAAAGAGCAUCGAGGAGAAGGAGAAAGAGCAAACCGAAAAGCGGACGGCGAAGGAGAAACUCAUCGCCGCUAACAUGGCCAAAAUGCCCAAGAUGGUGGCCGACUGGCGCCGGGAGAAGCGCGAAGCCAGGAGCAAGCUGAAGGAGGAGACUGGUCGUCGCACCAAGCUGCUGGCCGAGGCCAAGGAACGCUUUGGCUACACCGUGGACCCCCGCAGCCCCAAGUUCUUGGAGAUGGUUGCCGUGCUGGAAAAGGAGGACAAGAAGAAGAGGAAGCUCAUGAAGCGCAGAGAUAAAGAGGAGAAGGUGGUGGGACCCGCCGUCGUAUCUCCUCCGGCCUCCUAGUGUUGGUCCCAAUAAAUAACUAUUUAAUGUAUUUAAUGAAGACUGACGUGUGUUGCGCAGUAACAGCACAGUCCUUGUUUUGACCUGAUGGCAUCUGUAAAGACCUGAAAUCAAGAAAGCCGAUUUUCCUUCUGUAAAAAGCGAAACAACUUCAACCAUGUUUAUUUCUCAUUACCUCUAUGUAUUUAGUUGUCACUGAGAUAAAUUUAUUUCUGUACGGACUGCAUGUUGUCUAAAUGUGUUGUGUUUGUUUAAGAUAAAUGACAGUGCUGCUACUUUAGGCAUCAUUUAUGACAAAACGAACAAUUUGUAUGGAGAAUUUAUUAAAGCAAAAAUAUUUUGUAUACAUUC